AUGGCCAAACUCUGCUUCCUGCUGUUCAUCCUUAUGGCCACCAGAGGGUAUAGUGCAGUGACCUAUCCUCCUGAGAUGUUCGAGAAAAAAAGCUUCCGUGCUUCUAUUCAUUCCCUGCCUAGAAGCUGCAAGGAAGUCAAAGAAAGUUGCCAUCAAGCAGAUGAUGGCUUAUAUUUCCUCCGCGCCGAAAAUGGUGUCAUCUACCAGACCUUCUGUGACAUGACCUCUGGAGGUGGCGGCUGGACACUGGUGGCUAGUGUGCAUGAGAACAACAUGCAUGGGAAGUGCACGGUGGGUGAUCGCUGGUCCAGUCAGCAGGGCAACAGAGCAGACUAUCCAGAGGGGGAUGGCAACUGGGCCAAUUACAACACCUUUGGAUCUGCAGAGGCGGCCACAAGUGAUGACUACAAGAAUCCUGGCUACUAUGACAUCCAGGCACAGGAUCUGGGCAUCUGGCAUGUGCCCAACAAAUCCCCACUGGAGUUUUGGAGGAACAGCUCCUUGCUGAGAUACCGCACCCACAAUGGCUUCUUCCGGUAUCUAGGGCAUAAUCUGUUUGGCGUCUACCAGAAAUAAUACCCAGUGAAAUACGGAAUAGGGAAGUGUUGGACUGACAACGGCCCGGCAAUACCUGUCGUCUAUGACUUUGGUGAUGUUCAGAAAACAGCAUCUUAUUACUCACCAUAUGGUCAGGAAGAAUUUGUUGCAGGAUUUGUCCAGUUCAGAGUAUUUAAUAAUGAGGGAGCAGCCAACGCCCUGUGUGCCGGGAUGAAAGUCACUGGCUGCAACACUGAGUAUCAUUGCAUUGGUGGAGGAGGAUACUUCCCAGAGUACAGUCCCUGGCAGUGUGGGGAUUUCUCUGGUUUUGACUGGAAUGGGUAUGGAGCUCACACUGGUUACAGCAGUAGCCGGGAGAUAACCGAGGCAACGGUGCUCCUGUUCUACAAAUGA